GGUGAACCUUGUCUUGCCCUUUUCGCUCUUCAGUCUGGCUAUACAUGGGACAAGCACCCUCUCUAUCCUCCUCCCCACCCCUGCUGAGCAGUCCGCAGCAGCGCCAGCAGAAUCAAAAUCACCGGCAUGCCGUCCAUGCCCACCGCCUCGUCCUCCGCGCCGCUUGCGCCGCUGCUUGCUCUCGGGCCGCACCUUCCCUCUUCCUCUUCCAUACCCUCUUCGUAUAUGGCCAUCACCAGCAGCAUCGCGUGGCCCGUUGCAGCUCACGCUCUCGACGGCGGCGGCCAGAACCCGCCGCAGGGCGUUCUCCUCCUCCUUGCCCUCUCUCACCUGCUCGGAUGGUCCUACACGGCCGCUUGGGGCCUCUCCUUCCUCCCCCAGAUCCUCCUCAACGCCCGCCGCCACUCCGUCACCGGCAUAAGCAUCGACUUUGUCGCGCUCAACCUCGUCGGCUUUGCUGCGUACGCUGCCUACAACCUCGCCUUUCUCGCCAGCAACACCGUUCGCCGCGAGUACCGCGAGCGCCACGGCGGCGUCGACAAUGUCGUCAGAUGGAACGACGCGGCCUUUGCCGUGUGGGCGCUGCUCUGCGCGAGCAUCCAACUGGGCCAAGUGUACAUGUACAAGCGCGCAGCGAGCCAGCGCCUGUCGCACUUCAACACACUCGUCCUGUACGCGAUAGGCGCACUCGUGCUCGGCAGCUCCCUACUCUGCGCCAGCGGCGGCGAGGAACGGCUGCAGUGGCUCGACGUCGUCACCGGCUUCGGCUAUAUCAAGCUGUGGAUCUCGCUGAGCAAGUACAUUCCCCAGCUCCGCGUCAACGCCGCACGCCGCUCCACGCGUGGCUUCAGCAUCCACAACGUCCUCCUCGACGCCGCCGGCGGCACGCUCAGCCUCGCGCAGCUCGCCCUCGACGCUCGCCUCAGCGGCGACCCGGCCGCGCUCACCGGCGACUCUGCCAAACUCGGCCUCGCGAUCAUCAGCCUUGCCAUGGACGCUGCGCUCUGCGUGCAGCACUACGCCCUGUACGGCCCCCACGAGAGCCCGCUCAUCCGCAUGCACGAGUCCGCCGACGAGGAAGGCGGAAGCGAGCAUGCUGGCGAGGCGCCGGCGCUGGCGCCGGCAUCGACCGCCGAUACGGAACGCACACCCCUGCUCGUCGCAUCGUCCGACCGGCGGUGACAUCCGUCUGCGGCGUGUACCACAGUGCUUCCGCGCCCGUACAUCCAGACCUCUCGUUCUGUGUAUCAGAGAUAUUCCUUGCCAAUAAGCAGAGCAUACACAGAU